AUGGAUGACGAAAAAAUAAAUGCGUAUAGAAACAUUCUAUGCAUGUUACUUUCAACUGUAGAAAAAGAUUUCGAAGGAAGAGAAGAAGGCGUCAAAACGUACCAAUGGCUAUCAGAAUGGUUCAAACAUAGCGCAGACAAAGGUUUCGAUGGUGGCUUUCAAUUAUGGAAAAGUGACUCGUUGAAAGAAAGUGACGAGUUGUUUAUUCUUUUGAGAGAAUGCCUACUAAGUCAAAGAUGGAAAGAUGCACUGGAAACUAUGAAGGCAAUCUCAUUGACCCCGUCCUAUGAUGAUCACUACACAAUGUUUAGAGUUGGCUUAGAAAUUCUUUACCAGUUAGAGGGUAUUGGUUCAGAAAUAGUAGAAAACUUUAUAUCACUUAUGCAUGAAAAACCUGCUCGAGGCAUAAAGUUCAAAGAAAUCAAUCUCGACUGCUUUCUGUUCAAACUAGCUGGUCAGUUUCCUGAGGGUAUAAAUGUAGAAAAUUUUGGGUCCCUUAUAUUUUCAGAUGCUGCUUUUUCACUCACUCAAAAAUUUAAAAUUGGUGGAAGAUCUGUUGGCCCACCAGCAUCGGCUAAUGAAAAGCAAAAUUUGUUACUAAGUGUUUUCAAUGUUGGCUUAUCUUUAUAUGUUAAAUGGUUGUUAACAAGACUUGAAAUAGACAAAUUCAGCAUGGAACCAGCAAUGUCCAGCAUGGAAGAGGAAGAAAAAUCUGAUUUUGUUCAAAUGCUGAACAACCAAGCCAAGAAGGCUCUUCUCUCGUUUGAAAACUGCAAAUGGCAUGAUGGUGUGUGGGACUGCUUCAUUGACAAGCAUGUAGAAAUAUUAGAACAUCAGGCUAUAAUACUAAAUGACAAAGAUUACAUUUUAGCAGCCGAAACAAUCCUUAAAAAUUAUUCAAACAAACAGCCUAAUAAUCCUAACAGCUGUAAGUUUUUAUAUUAUUUUUAUAAAAAACAUGUAGAUGUUUUUCCAUCAAAGAAUUCAUCAGAUGCUUUGAAAAGAGUGUGUGAAUUAGUUCCAUCAGAUCCACUGGUGCUAAAUUUGGUACUCUCAGAUGUUGACACAGAAGAUUCCAGCUUAUAUAAGGCAGACCUUCUCUUCAAUUAUCUUGAUUUUGCUACUUGCAAGGAUGAUGAAAAAGCAUGGUUUCUUCUCACAGAUUUGCUUGUCAAGAAUCUCAUCAAUGACAAGACAAAACUAAUGUACAAAAGUUUCGUGAACACCAUCCAGACUUGUUGGUUAUACAGGGUAGAUUGGUGGCCACAAUAUCAUUUUGUACUUUCAAAUGAUAUUGUACAUAAGCGUCGAACUCAACCUAAUGAAUUGGAGUCUUUUGUGCUCUUUUUUUCUCCAACGUCAAUGUGCAAUGUAAUUUUCAUUGAGAAAGUGCAAUGCUUUAUUGUGUUGAGUUUUCCUAAUGAUAAAGAUUCAACCGGCGCAAGUAUACUGUACAAAAACAGGAGACUAAUGAGCCCUAACGAGCGACUGAAAUGA